CUUCCACCUUCUCAAAGACCUUCGAUACCGAAUAAGGAAAAACCUUCUAAAUCAACAUUUCAUAGAGAAUUUUGCACCCCAACAAUAAUAAAACAAAUUAUAAAAAGAAUAACAAUAGACAAAAACCGAUUUAAAAACAAUAUGGAUGUGAUAUAUCAAUUUCUUUUUAAAAUUGAAUUGAAGUUGCAAAUUUGUACAAACCAUACCGACCAUUGCUUUAAUUUACUCUUGAUAAAAUUUAAAAAAACAUAAAUACUAGUAUUAUACAAAUAUGUAACUUUCGUUGAUAAAAAUAAAAUAAAUUUAACAAUAAUAUUACGUGGGCAAAACAUACGUAUCCACAAAUUCGUGACCCUCAACGGGCGAAGAUAGGCUGCCGCCGUUCGAGCCCAUCGUUUACAUACCCCGUUUUUUUCUUUUCAAUUUCCAUUUAAUGCAGAUACAGAAGAAGACGGGGGUCGGAGAGCGGGAGAGAGCUCAGGGAGCCACAGGAAGGGGGGAAAUCAUGGCAAUUCUCGCUAUAAAUCAUGCCGGUAACACCCACUCUCCUCCUACGGCGGAUCCCUUUUAGUCUCCGGCGACGUUAAAUCGGAGGAGUAACCAAUUUAUAAUAUUAAUAUACACACGCAUCGAGGGCCAGAAUGGGGAUGUCGUGGGAAGACGUGGUAUUGAUUGAGGAAAGUAAGAAUUCCGGCCACCCAACCGUAGUGACGGUGAACUGCCCGGACAAGGCCGGACUCGGAUGCGACCUGUUAAGAAUUGUCCUCGAAUUCGGACUGUAUGUUACCCGUGGAGAUUUCUCUACCGAUGGAAAAUGGUGUUACGUAAUUUUGUGGGUUGUCCCACGCCCAAUCUCACUAAAAAUCGAUUGGGAGAGCUUGAAGAAACGUCUCGUAUCUUGUUGUCCAUCGUUUUUACCUGCAUUUUACAUCGAUCAGUUCUCCGGUAGCUCAAAAUCACCUCCACUCUACCUGUUGAAGGUUUUCUCGUUGGAUCGAAAAGGGUUAAUACACGAUGUCACAAAACUCCUAUGCGAGCUUGAACUAACAAUUCAACGAUUAAAAGUGAUGACAACACCAGAUGGAAAAGUUGUGGAUCUCUUUUUCAUCACAGACAGCGUGAACUUAUUGCACACAAAAUUUGGACGUGAAGAAACAUGUGAACACCUUAGUGUUGUGUUAGGAGAGUGUUGCAUUAGCUGUGAACUUGAAUUAGCGGGACCCGAAUAUGAAUGUCAACAAGGGCUUUCCUCUAUUCCUGAAACAAUUGCAGAAAAAUUAUUCAGCUUGCAUUCCUUGCUUCAAAUCCAAUGCCAUGAUCAAAAAGGCCUCAUCUAUGACAUUUUAAGAAUUUCCAAAGAUUGUGGUAUCCAGAUUGCAUAUGGAAGAGUCUCUCCUAGUGUUAAUGGAAACCGAAGUUUGGAUUUAUUUAUCCAAAAUGAAAAUGGGAAAAAGAUUGUUGAUCAUGAAAACCAAGUGGCUUUAUGUUCCCGUUUAAAGGAGGAGAUGUUACAUCCAUUAAGAGUCAUCAUCACCAACCGGGGCCCGGAUACACAGCUUUUGGUUGCUAAUCCCGUUGAGAUAUCCGGGAAGGGAAGACCUCGUGUUGUAUAUGAUGUCACUUUGGCAUUAAAAACACUCGAUAUAUGCAUCUUCUCAGCUGAGAUUGGAAGACAUUCGACAUUAGAUCGCGAGUGGGAAGUGUACAAAUUCCUGUUGGAUGAGAAUCAAGGAUUUUCUCUAACAAGCAAACAAGCCAAACAAAAUAUUGUUGAUAAAGGUUUCCGCUUUCCACCUGGCCCUUCAAUUUCAGUCGAAAUUUACGUAAGAAACGACAGAUCAAGUGUCCAAUAUGGAGCCGAGACAGAUGCAGAAGUCCUGGUUUAUCCAAGUGGUUCAGAAGCAGAGGCGAAUCUUCGUACCAUGAUACACCUAAGUUUUGUCUGA